GCCUGGUAACAGAGGGAGCCGCUGAGGCUCAGUUGUUGUUUCGUAUACAAUGUGCAGAUUAUAUCAGUACAGAUAUAGAGGCGGUGAUUGCAUUGCAUACAUCAGAACUGCAUCCCAGAAGGGGAAUUCCCUUCCUUAUUUCGCUUGGAAGCUGUGUUGUUAAACUGCUUACCCACAUGCUACAGAUUUUUGCUCCUCGAACUCUGCAGCCUGCGCUUGGGCUUCAGAAAAAAAAGAACCGAGGAUGCUGGAAAUCUGAAACAAAGACAAGAAUUGCUGGAAAAGCUCAGCAGGUCUGGCAGCAUCUUUGGAGAGAAAUCAGAGUUAACGUUUCGGGUCCAAUGACCCUUCUUCAGAACAGGGCUUCAGAAACCUUGGUAAAAGAAACUGGUUCGGCGGCCCACCGGGAACUCGGUACAUCCUCCACCCUGGUGACAGCAGCAGAAAGGACAAUGAGUUCGAGUUACGGUCUGAGAGGAGGAGGAGGAGGAGACUGCUGAGUAUUUUCUUUUGCAGGGUGGGAGAUGGAGAGCAAUGGCGAGGAGAAGGUGGAGCUGGAAGAUAUACUGAAUAAAUUGCGGGAAGAUGGUCUGGAUACUGAUGCCUGCUCUGCAAAUGAGCAUCUCUGUCAUCUGUGGCGUAUAUACCUGCGGGCCGAGGGCACGCUGCAAGCCACCAUGCAGGAUCUGGAAGGGGUGCGACAGCAACAGGCCUCCGAGAUGAAAGAGGUAGAAAAUUAUGUGGAUCAUAUUCGCAACCUGUCAGAGGAGCGGGAGGCACUCACAGCUGAAUAUGAGCAGGAGAAUGAACUACUAAAGAUGGAGCUACAGCGACUGAAGUUGGAGCAAGAGACACAGGUGAAGGAAGUGGAAGAGAUGUUGCAGCAAGAAGGUCUGGCAGAGAUUGCACACAGUGGCCCAAGUGAGCAGGUAGCCUAUCUUCUUGUGGAACGUGCUACACUGCUGGAAAAGUUGGAAUCAGCAGAGAGAAAGGUGGAUUCACAGAGUGUCACAGGAAGCAUUCGUGAAACACACCAACAGGAGGAGUUGGACCACAUGCGGCAAACCCUGGAAGAGGAAUUGAAACAGCAACGGGAGUCCAUGCAGCGCACCAAGGAAACCAUGGCAAAGGAUCCUUUAUCAGAACCUGCGAGUCCAUGGAAGAAGCUAUUUGGGGUUCGUCAGCAGACGCACAGCGUCUCCAAAGACAUAGCCACCCAUGAAGAGGACCUGGAGAAAGAGAGGAAGCUACGGGAACGAGCAGAGAGGGAUCUGGAUGAGGCAGCACGACGAUUACAGAUGGCACAUGAGGAAAUCCGUCGACUGACAGAUGAACUGGAUGUGGAGAGAAAAGUUCAUAGUAGUAAUGACUUCAUGGAACUAGAUAAAGCCAAAGAACAGAACAGCAAAUUGGAUGAAGAAAUCCUGGCGCUACGUGAGCGUGUACGAUCAUUAGACUCAGAACGGAAAUCCCUUUUAGAAGUGGUUGAAAACCUUCAAAAGGUCCAGCCAUCUCAGGCACAACAACCCAGUGGUCUGCAGAAUAAAAUGAAUCAGCUGAAACCGGAAAAUAAGGAACCAGCCAAACAAAUGGAUUCCCAGUCACAACCAGUAAAAGAGAUUCCUGUGCCAGCUGUUCGUAAGAAACACAAGAUAUUUUCAUCUUCACGUUCAACUAGUAAGGAAUGUCCGUUACCAGAUGUGGAACCCGACUCAUUGCGCUCAGAUUCAGGCCAUGAUGCUCACCAUCUAAAAUCAGAGGAACUCCACAGAAGGUGCCACCAUGAGAUUAAUCGGCUAGACUCUAAGAACCAUGAUCUACAGCGGAGGAUGCACAGACUGCAACAGGAUCUCGAAGAGGUGACAUUGAGGAAUGAGACACUCGAGACGGCUAUGGAAGAACACCACAAUCGCUCCAGAGAUGGCACUGACUGUGAGAAGGAAGUACUAAAAGCUAAGAUCACCAGUAUGGAAACUGAUUAUGCAAAACUUAAGAGAAAGUAUAAGGAGCUUAAAGCAAAAAGUCAAGAAGUGAUCAGCGCUGUGAGUAAGGAGCAAGAUAUUCAGGAGCAGUUAAAAAGGAGUCAGACAACAAUGGAGAGCGUACAGCAAAGGCUUGAAGAAGAAGUUAAAAACCGGGAGUAUCUUGAAACUGCACUGUCUGAUGCCCAGCAGUCAAAAGUACGAGCAGAGGAGGAGCUGGAGGCUUUCAGAACUCAAGUGCACUUUCUGAGCGUGGAAAUGAAGAAUUAUCAUGCAGCAACAGAACAGAAUCAAGCAUUAAAUACUGCUCUUGAAAGGAUGCAAGUGGAGAAUAAUGCUCUAGAACAGAAGCUCAACAAGAUGCUGGAGGAUCACAGAGAGAUAUCAAAUUGUCAAGGAGCACAAAACAACAAUUGGAAAGAAAUGGCAGACCGAUACCAAUGCCAGAUAGCAGAAUUGAGGAGAACCAUACACAAUCUCCAGGAAGAAAAAGUCUGCGCAUUCAACCAGGUGACCGACCCUGCCAAUAAAAAUCUAGAAUGUAUGCAGCAGCAGCUCAACGCAGUGCUAAAGGAAAACCAGCAGCUGAACCAGGACAAUCUUGUUUUGCGGCAGCAAUUGUGCUGUGACCAGCAUGGCAGCCAGAAUAUGAAUCAGGAGAUUUGUAACUUACGGCAGCAGCUUAUCGCCAGUCAGCAGGAGUGCAAAUUACUCACGCAGGAAAAUUAUACCAUUCGGCAACAGCUUGCGUGCAGCCAGCAGGAAAACCAGCGCCUGAACCAAGAAGUGGCCAACAUAAAGAAACAGCUGAACGACCUAAUUCACUCUAAAGAACAAGUGGAAGACAACAUUACCCAGGUGCAGCUGCAAGCUCUGAAGUUGGAAAUUAGCCAGCUGCAGAAUUCGCUUGAAUUAGAACAGAAAAAUUCUUACCAGCAGAAACAAGCUCUAGAACUGCAGCUGGAGGAAGCAAAUAACAGGGCUAAGUCACAGGAACUGUUACUGCAGCAGCAAACAGAGGAGUCCCGGCAGGUGCGGCAGGAUUUACAAAGAGUGCAUAAUCUGUGCAGUACUGCAGAGAAAGAACUGAAGUACAAGAGAGAACAACUGAUAGAACUGCAAAGGCAAAUUUCUCUGCUUGAUCAGGAAAAUAACCGGGUGAAUUUGGAGUACAAAACAGCACAGUGUAGGCUGUCUGAACUGGAUCAACAUAACUUAGUUUUGAAAUCUGAAUGUGAAUUGAAGCAACAGAGGCUAAAAGAACUGGAUUUGGAAUCUAACAAGACCUUCCACCUCAGCAAACAGUUAAAGAGUGUACAAGAUGAACUCGUAGCAGAAAAAAACAAAACUCUAAAUGCAGACAAAAAGACUGCAGAGCUACAGCAGCACUUGUGCAGCAUUCAGCAUCAGCUGCGACUCUCCGAGGCACGAAAUAAGGAGAGGGAAGUAUUGGAGUCAGAACUAAAGGAAAGCAGGGACAUAGCAGCCAAGCUCAAGAAUCAGCUACAGGAGGAAGUCCUUCAGAGGAAACUUGCAGAUCAGAACACAGAAGAGCUCCAGAAACAAAUCAAAUCAAUGUUAGAGAAGGAAGGGUGCUUAUCACGGGGAAAAUGUGAUCUUGAGCAGCAAAUACAGCAACUGGAAUCACGGAUGCAUGUUCUGGAAGAGGAAAAGGAGGCCUUGUAUUCUGAGAAUCUCUGUAAUCAAAAGGUUAAUAAGAAGUUGAUGGAUGAAAUUUGUACACACCAACAAGAGAUAGAGAAACUUAAGGAAGAGCUGCAGAAAAUGCUGCAACAAUUGGAUUCACAAGUGAGAUUGUAUAAUGAGAAACAGAUGAGACACAAACAGAAGCUGCGCAAAGCUAAAGAGAUCUUUAUCCGUGAAGUGAUGCUGCGAGAUGGUAAAAUAAAACACUUGGAAAGUGAGAUCAAAUUGAUGAAAAACCUAAUGGAUAAGGAACAUGCCUGGAAUAUGAAGGUCACAUAUGAAAAUGAUCUGCUUCUUGUUGAGAAAAGAGAGCUUCUACAACAGUUGAGUGAGCAAGAGGAUGCUGUGCGGAACAACAAUUCAGUUGUCUGCAAUGUAAAGCACAGAUCUUGUGUCUCUGGUGCCUGCCCACCUCUGCUGUUGUCAGCAACAAGAACUGUUGACGACCAAGGCCAGUGGAAAUCCCAAAAAUCGGCAUCCAGGAUUAACUACCUGGAAGAGGAGAACAAACAGCUUCAAGACGAGACCGUGAAGUUGAGUGACCGGCUUGGUUCAUUGGAGCGCUCUCUAAAAAUAAUUAAGACGGAUCCUUCAAAGUCGCAGCAUCAUGAGAAUUUGUCCGUGUCCUUUCCCCAGGAUGUUUGCAGGCUUUCUUACCAUGAAACUUCUGUAAAGAAUAGCAACUUCACAUCUUCAACACGCGAAACACCGUCACCAAAUGGUCAUAGCCAUUUCAGUUCUUUGGAAAGCAUUCGGCGUAUCAAAACAAUGGAGAGUUCUGAUGCCACAAAAUCUACAUUUCCAUCUCAGUCAUAUCAUUCAGAUGUGGGCUACUUAAACCUGACAAGCUCCCCACGAUACAGGGACCAGGAGGAAUGCCGCAGUCUAGGCAGUGACGAGGUGUGAUCAGGCCAUGAAGAGACAGCAGUAUCUCUGAAUACAAUUUUAAGUGGAUCCUGAUUAUGCACCCUGAGCAAAUUUGCCGACUGGAUGAGCCACAAGGUGUUUCUAUCUGGAGUUUAAGUAAUGCUGGCAAUGGGGCCAGGGACAUAUUGACUCAACCUUCAGCAAGCUGUUGUCUUUGUCACAUUGCCUAACAAGAAUAUUAACACAUCUUUCUCUGGAUGAGUAGUGCUAGAUUGGUUGAAAUACCUGACUUAACGCUGGUCUGGCUAUUGCACUUACAAGCACACAGAUACUGGUGUCAAACCAGUAUUACAAAGGUCAAAGAUGCAGGUUGAGUGUACAAAACUACUAUUGUUCUAUGGUUCCAAAGACCGCAGAACUCUCCCCCACAUGUUAAUAUUAGCUUUUGCGCUGGUGUCCAAUUUGUAUUAGAACAAAUAACUCACCUGUAUGAGUAAUCAGUUUGCCCACACUAGUUUGAAUCUGUUACUUAGCAUGAAUGUUGUCAUGGAGCUUUGCAGUUGUACUUGUAAAAUAAUGUUAUUGCAGUAAAUUUGCACAGUUUGGGAAAACCAUAAGGAAACAGCAUUGGGAAGCCAGAUUGUAAAGCACAAUGUUUUGACUACUAUCUGAAUCUGAUGCCUUCUUAUACUGUAUUUGUUCCAAAUUACUUUCACUUGAGAUUCUGAAUUGCAACAUAAGCAGAGUGCGGCCUAUUUCUGGCAGACAUCUGCCUUAUUGCCACGGGGCCAAAGGCCCCAGGUCUAAUGUAAGGUCACCUAAGUGGGAAGAUUCACUCCCAAGGACUCCGUAAUCUCAGGCAGGGCAGCAUUUAAGGGCUUGGAUUCCGUUCCACAUCAUCAGACCAGAGAGGGUCAAAAAUGGGCCAGUAUGCCUGCUUCUGAUCCCAAUUGCGACUGAGUUUGGGUUCAGCCCUAGAGGGAAGCCUGUGGUGCUUACUAUAUAACACUAUCAGUGACAAAUGGCUGUUUUGAGAAGGUAUAAAAGUGUGUCCACACCCAAACUAUAGUCAUUAGAAGUUGAGACGUGAGAGAAUAGAGGAAAGCAACUAGCUGUACUAGAAAUAUUCUUCUUGCUGAUCUCUUGAAAAAGGCAUGUACUUUUUUAACUAAAAUCCAGCGAAUCGAUUGAAAAUAGAAAAGUAGUACCAGAAGUGCAGGCAGCAAACAGUCAGAUUACACAAGUGUGGUUUCCUCUGCAUUUACUCUGCCUUUGUUGCAUUGCAAUUAAAAGCCAAUCACUGUUUCUGGGGUAGCUGGUGCAUAAGCCCAUCGGUACAGGAGGGUAGCAAACUGCAGGUUAGCAGCUCCUUUGCAAAAUAAGUUCUUAGUUUAGGCUUUGCCUCAGGGUGAGGGAAGGAAAACAGGGGCAAUGGAGUUUUGAUAUUUCCCCAGAAGGUCAUGAGGGAAUGUCUGAGAGUCACCCCCGAUAGCUGUCUUUUAGGUAUCCUAACUGUCAGGUAGAGGGAAGAGUAACAUUGGGAGAGGCCCAAAUACAGUCACCUCCAAGGGAUUUGUGCUUGAUGGAAACCUUAAGAAAGUGAGGAAAAAUGUAAUUAAAAUAAAUGGUCCAAAACAA